CGUUACUGUUUCCACGUCGAAGCGUGUUCACCAAACCUCGCACACGGAGUAGUCACACGUCGUAAUGCCACAGGAUACACAACAUGACGACCCAUCUGUUGUACAGGCUGACAUGAAGACUGUGACAUACAGCACUAAAUAUGUUUCCACUCCAGCGUUCGAAGAUGUCUUAGAUGUCAUUGGCUCCAGAGGAAAGUUUCAGAAGAGGCUGAAUAUCAUUUACUUGUGUGUUGGUCCAUGCUUCACUGUGAUGUGCGCCCUUGUGUACCAUCUUGCAAUGCAAACUCCUGAUCAUUGGUGUCACGUUCCAGGCAGGGAUCAGACUAACCUUUCAGCUGCUGAGUGGAAGACCAUUACAAUUCCCAGUGUUAACGGAACAUUCGACAAGUGUAGGAUGUACAACUUAACUGAAAUGCAUAAUGAGACCAAUUUGUCAACAACACACUGCCUACACGGCUGGGACUACGAUGAUACCUGGUUCUCUCUGACGCUGCCGUCGCAGAUGAACUGGGUGUGCGACGAGGCGUACGUCGUUAACGACGCCAUGUUCUACAUCGAAAAUAUUGGUGUACUGCUGCUUCUGUUCAAUGGAUACGUCGGCGACACGUUCGGUCGCCGACUACAACUGUUAUGCUGCUUAGCAGUAAUGACCGUAAGCAGAGUGGUGAUGGUAUUCACACCUUCUGUGCUUGUGCUCUUUAUACUGGCUGGUGCUUUAGUGUCUGGUUCAUACGGACCUAUGCUUGAAUCUGCUGCUUCUGUUGGAAUGGAACUGACGGACAUCCAGAACCGGCUGAACCUAAACUGGUACAUGUCUGUGAGCACAGCCGUCGGCAUGGUCGCCACUGGGCUCGUGGGCUGGGUGUUGCGCAGCUGGACGUACUUCAACCUCUUCGCUGCUCUCUGCUGUCUCACCUUGCUCUCCUUCCACAGAUGGUUUCCCGAAUCGCCGCGAUGGUUGGCAUGCAGGGGACGCGAGCAGGAGGCGUUGCUCCUUCUGAAGCGCAUAGCCUCGACUAAUGGCUCGUCGGUACCUCCGUUCACAUCAAGGGUCCUACAAAACAUGAAGAAGAGCAGAGGAGAUAGGAAGGGCUUCUUUAGCAUAUUCUCCAGCUUCAACCUUUUCAAAAACGUUGUAAUUCUCGUCAUCGGCAGGUCGGUGUUCCUGCUGUCGACGUACGCGCUGGUGAUGAGCGCGGGCGUGCUUAACGUCAGCCCCUUCGUGUCGCUGGCCGCGCAGGGCGCCGCGCAGCUGCCGGCGCUGUUCGUCGUCUACCCGUGCGCACAGCGCUUCGGCCGCCGCUGGUCUGCCGUCGCCUCCAUGCUGCUCACCGCCUUCUCCAGCGUCCUCACGAUGCUUCUCCUCACAGUCGGUGCACCAGAAUCAGCACUCACGGUGAUGGCAGUGGUGAUGCAGUUCUGCACGUCGGCCAGCGGGGGAAUCGUCUCUCUGCAGAGCAUUGAGGUGCACCCCACGUGCCUGCGCCAGAUCACCGCCAGCGUCGAGUACGCUGCUAGUGGUCUGCUCCUCUCACUCCUACCGUACAUCGUCUUCAUGGGAGGAUCGGUGGACAAGCGGCUGCCAUUCGCUAUCCUCUCGGCUUUGAAUCUGCUGUCAGGAUUCUUCUUGUCCUUUUUGCCGGAAACUGCUCUACAGCGACUACCAGAUUCUUUGCAAGAUGCUGCAGUCUUUGGGAAAGGUCAUGACUACUGGAGCUGGAAACCUAGUCCGACGCCAGUUUUUACAUUAAAAGAGUAGCGUUUUAUGCUAUCAUUUGCCCCAUCUCGCUGAGUUUGUCAUUUUCACAUAUCACACUCUGCAACAUAUGCUCAACCGCAAAUUGCGCCAAGUGAUCUUAAUUUUUUGUGUUAUUAACAAGUUUGAAAAUGGUUAGCAUUUAUUGUCACUGUUUCUAUUUUUUAAUUGAAAACUUAUAUUUUAUCUUCAGACAUCUUUAAAUGAUAAUAUCAGAAAAAAAAAACUUGUGCCAUCUCCGGAAACUAGCGCAAAGUCCAGGAGCUGUUCAAGAGGUGCAGAGGAUUACACGACGUUACAUACCACCCAUGGUGUUGAUCCUAGUAUCUGUAGUACAUAGGAUUACGGAUCUCUGUCUCUGGAGCUACUUAUUAGAUAGACGUUUCUUUAAUGAGGUAUAAUGUGAUAAAAGUCUUGGAUUCUUGAGAUUUGCUCAUAAUGCUCAUAAAACGAAGCCAGAAAAUUAUGACAGUAACUUCUCUGUAAACUAAAACUGCAUAUUGACCAAUACUCGGAACUAGACCACAGGCGUUUUUCAGUAAUUUGCUUAUGAACUGAGAGUUCCAGAAUCGCUUACCUCUGACGUUUGCCUUCUCACUUAUUUUCAUUUUCUUUUAGCCAUUAUUACCUACUGUUUCUAGAGUUCUGCAUAUCUCAUUAUAGAGAUCACCUUGUAGUAAACGAAAUUUACUGACUCCAUUUCUUGCAUAUUCACUUUGGCUGAGAGACACCUUUAUUCACGGGAAUACAUGAUAUCAGUUUCUUCUACACUGCAGCUCAAUUAGAUAUUUUCUUAUGAAAGUAUAGAAAAAAUUAAUAGUAUUUUGGUCUUAUUUUAUAAUAUAGCAUACUGGAGCAUUGUCAUACAGUUAAAUAUGACACUCCAUAAGAAUGGAAACAUGAAAGAACAGUUAAUUCACAAAGAAAGAUAUCUACAUAAUAUGUUGAUUCCAUUAUUCUUUAUUAUCCAUUAACAUAUAUUUCAUAAUCAUUAAACACUAGUUUUUAUGCUUUCUGUGUGAAACCAUCAUUACAAGAUGAUAUUUUGCAACUGUGAUUGGAAAUCACAAUACCUGGGACCUAAUGUUGUAUGGUGACUAGUAAUGUAUAUAGCGCAGUUUAUUAUUUUAUAAUUGAUGAAGCAAUGUGAAAAAUUUAGAAUUCUUUAGAGAGCUUCAAAGCAAUAAGAAUUAUCACAGCAUUAGCCAUCAUGAAAUACUUACAAAUAAGUUCUGUCCAUAUAAUACGAGGGCUAUCCACAAAGUACAUUACGUUUUGGAAUUAAAAAUAAAUAAAAUAUGGAAUUCUUUUUUAUAUACAGAUAAAAGCAACACUUAAAUACUACUUUCCUACAUAGUUGCCAUUUAAAUUAAGGCACUUAUCGAAGCGAUGGACGAGCUUGUAAAUUCCUUCGUCGUAAAAUUCGGCCGCCUGCGCCUUCAACCGCGUGGUUACCUCUUCUAGAAGCUGUGCACCGUCAUCAAAACGCUGCAUAGCCAACCACUUCUUCAUUGCUGGGAAUAAGUGGAAGUCGCUCGGUGCCAGGUCGGGACUGUACGGCGGACGAGGAAACAAUUCGCACUUAAAAGAUUCGAGAACUUCACGAGUGGCAUUUGCCGUGUGGGCCCGGGCGUUGUCGUGAAUCAGCAAGACCUUUGAGCCCAACUUUAUCCUGCGCUUGUUUCGUAUUGCUCUUCUGAGGUUGUGCAGAGUUUGGCAAUACCUUUGAGAGUUUAUUGUAGUGCCUCUUUCCAGGAAAUCCACAAAAAUCACACCUUUUCUGUCCCAAAAGACAGUCGCUAUCACCUUCCUUGCCGACAUUGUCUGCAUGCAUUUCUUGGGUUUUUGGGGGGAAUUUGAGUGCCCCCACUGCAUUGACUGCAAUUUUGUCUCGCAGUUCACAUGCUUAACCCAUGUUUCGUCACCAGGAACGAUGCGAUCGAGUAAUGAGUCGCCAUGUUUCUCGUAAGCGUCCAAAAACAUUAACGCUGCAGCCAUUCGCUGAUUUUUGUGAAUCUCUGUCAAGAUUUUUGGUAUCCAUCUUGCACAAAACUUGUGGUAACAAAGCUUUUCGGUAAUGAUUUCGUGCAACGAACUUCGUGAAAUUUGUGGAAACCUCAUAGAGAGUUCCGUUAUUGUGAAAUUACGGUUUUCACAGACCGCGGCAUCGACUUUUUCGACAAGUUCGGCAGUCACUAUGCUGGGUCUUCCGAUUCGCUCCUCGUCGUCAACGUUAGUUCGGCCAUUUUUAAAUUUUAUGACCCAUUGACGCACUCCAACUUCAGUGAUUAUGUUGUCCCCAUACACUUCACAAAGCUGCCGAUAGAUUUCUAUCAGUGUACAGUUUUUUUGCAGUCAGAAACCUUAUUACAGCACGCACUUCACACUUCGCGCCAUUUUCAAUUAACGCUGACAUUUCAAACUGUCACAGUAACUCAACUGAGUACAGCACGAACCUCUCACUAGCACGGCAGGAUGCCGACUGAGCGGCGGAAUGCCAUGACACCAAGAUGGCCGCGCUAACCCCGCCCGUAACGGACACAAAUGGAAACGUAAUGUACUUUGUGGAUAGCCCUCGUAUGAUCACUGUGUUUUGUCAGUUUGUGUCUUCAGCUAUUUAAAAUUUGUUGAUAACUGUUAUACUGUAUUGUGACACGGCAUAUUUUCUAUACCCAAAUUUCGGUUUAUAGUUACAAGGCUCCGUCAUUAUUGGUUCGUUUAGUGGUGAGUAUUUACCAAUUUUUUUAUCUUACCUGGCGACUUUAAAGUAUUCUUCCACAUUUCUCAGUCAAUAAAUUAUCUGUAACUUUACUCUUGAAAUAAAGGUUAAUGCAUUUAAAAUAGUCUCAAAGUUUCAAAUGCAAAAAUAUAUCUAGACCACAUAAAUUAAAUUAUCGGUCUGUAUGUUCAGUGUCAAUUAUCAAAAAUUUACCUCUUUGUACUGUCUGUUACCAUGUACUAUACCCUAUUUUUAUGCCUCAUUAUAAGAUUCAGGUUUUGCUGCACAAUGCAUCUUAUGAAGUCUGUUAUAUUACAGCAAUUAAAAAAGACUGAAUGUCUUCUUUUAUGUUAAAAUUAUAGGUAAAUGUUUUGAAGGAAUUACUAA